UAAGCUUCCACUUGGCCAUUAUUUUAUUUUGCUGAAAUUCACCCCAUUUCUAUCAAAACGGGUAUUAAAUAUGCAGAAUAUAAGAUAAGGCAAAAUUCUCACAAAGUUCUCCUCAUUAAAAGUUUUGUCAUCAAUUUAAAAAGUUGGCGUAAAAAGAUGGUUAACUAAUUAACCUUUUUAGAAUGAUUUGUGAUUACGGCAUUAUGUGGUGGUUAUUAAUUUUUUUGCGUAUCUCCGUCAACUCUCAGAUAAUACAUACAGAAACUCACGAAAUCCUCUACCAAAUUGCUGGUAUAUUUGAAGACAACGCUAAAAUACAACAACAUGCGUUUGAUGAGACUAUGCGUCAGGCCCGCUUGGAUCCAGCAGAUCAGUUGUCGCUAGCAGGUGCCCACGAUGGUAAAGCACUUCAAGAUUGGCGAUUUGAUCCUGUUUUAAUUGAGCCAUUAAGGUCUGACAGUUAUUCUAUUUGGAGAACAUUAUGCUCUAAUACUGCGAUGCGUCCUAUAGCCAUAUUUGGUCCGCAAAACCCAAUAUCUGAUGGAGCUGUGAGAGAACAAUGUGCAAUAGCUAACAUACCUCACAUCCAAGCCACGUGGAAACCGCCGUUGUAUUAUGAUGAUGAUUCAAACGAAGAAGUUACAGAAAACAGCACAGAAGAUGAAGAGCCCGUGUUUAAAAAGAUUUCUAUUAACUUCUAUCCACCCGCGGACGAAAUUUUGUAUGCGUAUGCUAAACUACUGAAGCUGUACAAGUGGGAAAAAUUCGCAGUACUUUACGAAGAUGACAUGGGCUUGCUAAGAGUUCAGAAAAUUCUUGCUCAUCACACGGAUCAACAUCCAGUCACUGUAAGACGUCUAGACCCUAACGCAAAUAACUAUCCGAUAUUUAAGCUACUCAAUAAGUUUCAAAUCUAUCGUAAUAUAAUACUGGAUUGUCAUGUCGACCGUGUAAUCAAAUAUUUAUCGGAAGCGAGAGAAGUUCAAAUGGUUACACAUUAUCAACAUUACAUUUUAAUUACAAUGGAUGCAUCAACUGUGGCUGACAAAUUGAAAAACUUCAAUUCUAACGUGACGUGGCUUAGUUUAACUGAAUACGAUAAGUUGCAAAACCACAACUUGGCCCAAAGAGUCGGGAAAUGGUUAGAUGUCAAAAACGACGCAAUGCGCCCAUCUGUUACCAGCUUUAAGAUUGAGUCAUUAAUAAUGGACGACAUAGCAAAUCACGUUUUGAAGUCACUGCAAAAGGUAGAGUCAAUCAAGUCCAAUAAAUCAAAACCAUAUGAUGCUAUAUGUGAGCCAAAUCUUUCACCAUGGGCUUACGGAGCACAACUUCAAAACAAAAUAUUAAAGACAAAUUCUACAGGAGUUACAGGUCACAUUGCAUUUAAUGAAAAGGGUCAACGAGUAAAUUAUACGUUAUACAUAAAUGAAAUUUACGUGUCUGAGCUGAACACUGUCGGGUCAUGGGAUUCUUCUACGCAAGAACUAACCGAAGAUAGGCCAGAGGAUGAUAAUCUUAAAUAUCAGAAAAACAGUAAAAAUUUCAUCAUUAUAGCCCGGAAAACGAAGCCGUUCUUUAGUGAUAAGCAAUGUCACAAAAAUGAUACAGACUGUGAAGAAGAAACAGCAGACGAAAACUAUGAAGGAUUUGGCGUGGAACUUAUCAAAGAAAUAUUCGAUAAUUUGCAUAGGAAUAAGUUUAAUUAUACAUUCACCUUUGUAAAUUACGAGGUUAAGAAAGAUGUCAAAAAUUAUUUAAAAACUAGAAAGUCAUAUGGCUUACUUGAUGAACUAUUAAAUAAUAAAGCUGAUUUAGCUGUUGGUGACAUAACUAUUACCGAAGAUAGGAAAAAAGUUGUGGACUUUUCAGUUCCUUUUAUGUCAUUAGGAAUUAGUAUUUUAUAUACAAAAGAAAAGGAAGUGCUGCCAGGAAUGUUCUCGUUCUUAAAUCCUUAUACGUUUGAAGUUUGGAUGUAUACAGCAACAGCCUAUUGCGUUGUUUCAAUUCUCCUAUUUGUAUGCUCAAGAAUUUCACCGGGUGAUUGGGAAAACCCGCAACCAUGCGAUAAGGAUCCAGAAGAAUUGGAAAACAUAUGGAACUUUAAAAACUGCACGUGGUUGACAAUGGGCUCGAUUAUGUGCCAAGGGUGUGACAUAUUACCAAAGGCAGCAGGGUCACGUUGGGUUUGUGGUAUGUGGUGGUUUUUUGCGGUUAUUGUUUGCCAGACAUAUAUAGCUCAACUGUCAGCUUCUAUGACGUCAGCUAUGGAGACUGAACCAAUAAAUAAAGUUGACGAUCUAGCUAAGCAAACCAAGGUGUUAUAUGGAGCUAUUCAAAAUGGCUCAACGUAUGAAUUUUUUAAGAAUUCUAAGGAUAAAAUGUAUCGUAGAAUGUUUGAAAAUAUGGAAGCCAAUCCCGCUGUUCUAGUACGCAGCAAUGACGAAGGUGUCAAGAGAGUCACAAGUGGGAAGAGUAAAUAUGCAUUUUUUAUGGAGUCCAUUGCUAUAGAAUACGAGUUGAGGAAAAAUUGUUACCUUAAAAAAAUUGGAGGAGAGUUAGAUUCUAAGGAUUAUGGAAUUGCUAUGCCUGCCAAUUCUCCAUUUAGAACUCAUAUAAACAAAGCUAUAUUGGAACUAAAAGAAGCUGGCAUAUUGGGCAAAAUCAAAAAGAAAUGGUGGGAAGACAAAAAUAAACAAGAGUGCCCAGAUGAAAAGGUUGAUAAAAAUGACCAAGAAGGUGAUCUUGAGAUGAAGCAUUUGAUGGGAGCUUUCGUUGUCCUCAUUGCGGGAUUGGUGUUCUGCUUGUUUAUCACCGCUAUCGAAUUUAUGAACGAAGUCAGGAACAUCGUUGUGAGGGAACAGGUCAGUCAUAAGGAAGUUUUUAUCAAGGAACUAAAGGCGUCGCUAAACUUCUUUCAACUCCAGAAGCCGGUACUUCGUAACCCUAGCAGAGCUUCCUCUCUUGCAUCCUCCAACGGCAGUGAGAAAAGAGAAAACCGAUCUAAUGUUAUUGAAAAUUUCCUUGACUUUGAAAAAGAAGUACAGUGAUAGUACAAGAGACAAGUGAAAAAGUAAUGUAUCAGCUAAAGUGUGUACAAUAGUAAAAUCAGACUAUUUACGAUUAAGGUAUUGGCAUAAUU